ACGCUGCAGCACCGGUGCCUGCAGGCGCCCAGUAGGAGGGCGAGGAGUGUGCCGCCCUGGACCAUUCAGGAGGCGACAAAAUCAAAGAGGAACAGCGCGGGGAAGGUUGGUACCAGAGUUACCUGAGACUCCAGAGCAAACACACCGUCGAGAUGAUGUGGUGCGUGGCUGUUGUGGCGGCGGCUGUGUCGGCAGUAGCGUCGGGGCAGGGACAAAUCGUCAGCUAUGACGGGACGACCCUCGUUAACGACAAUACCCAGCCAGAAGUGAUCGUUCAGGUGCCUUCCUCUGCUCCUGUUCCCGCCACCACCUUUGCCCGGUCCUUUGUGUUUGCUCCUGCUCCCGCUCAAGUUCCUGCCGCCCAGCCCGCCGUGAUUGUCCAAUCGCCUACAUCUUUUCCUACUUUCGUGCCGCCACUCCAGCCCACAUUUGGCCCUGUCGCAGCCCCAGUUGCACCCCAGUUUGGCAUCCCUCAAGGCGGCCUGCCAGUGCUGCCAGCCUGCCCCAGUACUUAUUCACUGGUACACGCCACGUACCACGGCAGCUUGUACCACUUCUCGUGGUGCUACUACCAGUCCGGCCAGCGGUUCACCCACCAGCAGGCAGCGGACUAUUGCCGCACCCUCAACCACUUCGGCCACCCAUACAACUUCGAGGUUCUCAGGAUGGAAGACACCAUCGAGGUCUCGUUCAUCAACUAUCUGCUGAGCUACUACGCCCACGCCGCCGUGUGGACCAGGGACACCACCAGCACUGCGCCCUACAGCAUCCGCAGCUUCAUCAACAGGUCCGGCGUCAACCUGCCUGGCCACGACUGCCUCUCCGUGGAAGCCGCCGCCUUCGCCUUGCACAGCAUCUGGGUACACGAGAACUCCUGCUCGGACGCCAAGCUGGUCGUCUGCGAAGCGCGAUACUAGGGAAGUCGGGUGCACUCGGUAUAUUUAUUGAUUGCUUAAUUACCGCCGGUAUUAAUAAUUACCGCCGGGGUUAAUAAAAACUACAAUUCCGUUAUUGUAUAUGCUUAAUUACUGCAGCAAUUAAUAUAAAUACAUUGCCAUUACUACUACAUAUGCUUAAUUACUGCAGGAAUUAAUACACAAUGCAAUUAUUAUAUAUACUUAAUUCCUGCAACAAAUAUUAAUAUAAAAAUACAAUAUACUACAUAUGCUUAAAUACUGCAGGGAUUUAUUAAUAAAAGUACAGUGCCAUAAUAACA